AUGGGAGCACUAAGGUCCGUAGGACCGGGUUUUGCGUCUCAGGACGUCACGUUCGAUGAGUCGGUUCCCUUUUACCGUCUCUUCCCCUACCGCACUGCCCCUCUCCCUCCCCCGCCGCUCUUCCUCGCUCCGGGUGCUCCCCAGGUAGACCCCCUCUCCGCUCCCGGUCCUGCUCCUUCAGGUGUGUCUCAGGUAGACCCUCCUCCCUUCCCUGCGCCGGUCGAGGUCACUGGUGACUCAGGUCCUACUGGGGGUGGUCCUGCUCGGGGUGCUACUUCUGGGGGUGCUGAGCCUGGGGGUGCGGAGCUUGAGAGUGUGGAGCCUGGAGGUGCUGAGCCUGCGUGUGAGGGGUCUGGAGGUGCUGGAGCUAGUGGUUCUGGGGCUGCUGAGGGUGCGGGCGCUGGAGGUUCUGGAGCUGCUGGAGGUCCUGGUGCUGGUGGCGCUGGAGCUGGUGGUUCUGGGGCUGCUGAGGGUGCGAGCGCUGGAGGUUCUGGAGCUGCUGGAGGUCCUGGUGCUGGUGGCGCUGGAGCUGCUGAGGGUGCUGGCGCUGAGGGUUCAGAGUCUGCUGUUGCGCGGUCUCCUUGGAGUAGCCGCCUUCGUCCACGUGUGCCUCUCACCUCACAGCAGCUGCACGACUGGUACGGUCGCCGUCAGGGUCGCGCUGCUGGAGCCCGGGGCUCUACUGCUGGAGGUACUUCUGCUGACGUCCCUGGAGCUAGGAGUGGUGCUGGUACUUUGUCUACUGGAGGUGCUGGAGUCGCUGGUCCCGGAGGUGCUCGUACUGGAGGUACUGGAGCUGCUGGGGCUGAGGGUGCUGCGUCUGGAGGUGCUGCUGCUGGAGACACUGCGGCUGGAGACCCUGGGACUGGAGGUGCUGGUUCUGGGGGUGCUGCUGCUGGAGACGUGGAGGCUGGAGACCCUGGGACUGGAGGUGCUGGUUCUGGGGGUGCUGCUGCUGGAGGCACUGGGGUUGGAGACCCUGGGCCUGGAGGUGUCGGUUCUGCUGCUGGAGGUGCUGGAGCUGCUGGAGGUACUGGAGCUGCUGGAGCUGCCGACAGGUAG